AGCAUAUGGGGAGGGCAUCUCCUUUCUCCACUGGCUAUGAGGGAGAGGAAGGAUCUCAUUCUGCAUGGCAUUGCUUGUUUGCCCGAUGCCAAUUCAUGGGGGUAGGGCAGGUUGGAACACAUUUCAAAGAAUGAGGGAGCAGAUGGCUGAGGAUGUGUUGUUAAGACUAGGGAAUGGGUUCGGAAGGAACAUGGAGGGUAGUUAUUUGCAGGCUUGUACCCCUCCAGGUGCGAAUUUUGAGGGUCGUUUGCAUGCUUGUGCCCCUCGAGGUGUGAAUUCUGGGCCUGUAAAACUUGACAGCACAGUCCAGAAAAACCUCAUAGCCGAGGGACUGAAUGAUGGGUUCGCAUGCAACACAGAGGGUGGUUAUUUGAACGCUUGUACCCCUCAAGGUGUGAUUUUAGAGGGUCAUUUGCACGCUUGUACCCAUCUAGGUGUGAAUUCUGGGCCCAUAAAACUUGAUAGCACAGUCCAGAAAAACGUCAUAGGAGUUGUUGAUGUAGCCGGGGGCCUAACCGAUGAAGGUGCUGUUCCUGCGGAGGGAAUCUUUCACAAUUAUACUGAGAGAUCGAAGAAGCAACAGGGGUGCAGAACUCUGGUGGGUACUGAGUCUGAAAUGACAGCUUUCAAUUCUUCUACUGCUGCAAAUCACAUUUUUGAGGAAGAGGUAGAUGAUGCUGGUGACUGCAAUCUGCAGGUUCCUUCAGUGAAGCGCAGUGCAAAUGAGGGCAAGGGUGUCAUGCCACCACCAGCAGGCGUGGUGCUCGAUGCGCUGGGGCAGGCUGUGAUCUGUUCUAAUUUGGAAGCAUCCAUCACCUAUUGGAAUCAGGCUGCAGAGGAGCUAUUUGGUUGGAAAGCCGACGAGGUCAUGCUGAGGGACAUUAACUCAGUGCUGGUUCCUUUCUUUCAGCAAAAGAGUGCAGUGAAUGUUUUGGAACGUGUUGCUCAAGGCUCAACCUGGAGAGGUGACUUCCCUUGUCUCCAUCGUGAUGGAACUCUUCUCGACACGGUGGUAACAACAUCACCAAUUCACGAUCUCAAGGGGCGAAUAAUUGGAUUUGUGGGUGUAUCGUUUGAUGCAAGCCGAGUGCGACUGCCCGUAUGCAUUCCUUCUUUGCAGGAAUUCUUGGCGGGUGGUGAAGGCCAUGGAAGUUUAGGCAAGGAUGUAGACUGGUGUGCAGAGACGCCCAGCGUCUCACAUGAGAGGCAAAAUGAAGGGUACUCACAAAUGCGUCGACAGAUAAAGCGGGAUUGGGCGAGGACUCCUGCCAGUUGGACAGCAGGUAAACGGAGUGAGUUUUUCUCGAGACAAUCGCGGUCGCGAAUGUAUGAAGACAAAGGUGAAUGGGGAGGGAUUGGCAGAGGAGCAUGGGAGAGGAGCAACCUGCAAUUUCAGGAGUACGGGAGCUGCGAUAGUAGUCAAUAUUCCCAGUGUGAUUGGAACCUUGGUGGGAGAGGUGGGAGGCCGGGAGGAGUUGAUGGAGGGCAAAAGUUGGCAUGCGCAUUCAAUAAGAAGCGGAACCAUUCUCUUCCAGGGAAUCCAGGAAUCGUUCCAUAUGGCGGGGGAUUCAUCCGGGCAGAUGCUUUUGAAAUGGAUGGAGCAAGAGACAGUGCCGAACCUGUUCCGGAUCUGACACUGCUGGAAUCUGAGAAAGAUCAGUUCAUGAAUUUCAGAUUGUGUGAACUGCUUUUGUCGGAGCAGGCGCGGGUCAGCCAGAACACUUCCAUACUGGAGCGUACAGUUUACAAGUACUGGGUUACAGAAUCGCUGGGAUAUGAUGAUGAGAUUUACAAUGGAUUUUAUGGUAUCAUCAGAUUCCCAUUUUCUUGGACACGGUAUACACGACAGGGACUGGCCCCCAGCGUACGGUUUCUGCGUGCGCUCUGGCAAAUGGACCUGCUGGAGGCCACUGAGGUUGUUUUGGUGGAUUCCCAAAAGGACAGACGCCUGGCCAACUUGGAGGAGGAGAUAUUGACUGCAGUUGCCCUUCGGAAAUCCAUGACGCAUCGUGGAGAGGUGCAUGAUGCUGUUGAGCUGAUGACAUUGAUUGCAUCCAGCGUCUCUGAACAAAUGGGCGGCCCUGCCUCUUCGGAUCAGGAGCUGGUUGCUUCAUGGAAUGAAGGCAUGCAUCAGAUUGAGAGCUACUGCGAGGAUGUCAUGGUACCCAUUGGAUGGCUACGCACAGGUCUUUCUCGACACCGUGCGAUUCUUUUCAAACGACUGGGCCGAUUGGCAGGUAUACAUUGCCGAAUUCAGAAGCUGCCUUUAGGGUCAGGAACAGAGGCUGCUGUCUUCGUGAAAUGUGGUGAUGACAACAGGGAAUGGGUUCUUGACCUAAUGCAUCAGCCAGGUUUGCUACAUCCUGUGCCCUCUCAAGUGCCAUCCAACGGUGGACUGCUCAACUCAUUUUCAAGUAAUGCGGGAAGGCUGCUGGAAAUGGAGGUUUUCGAUAAGGGAAUUCCAGUUCCUAGAAGUGUAGUGCCAUCACUUCACUGCCCGGAGGGGUUGCAGAAUUCUCAGAUGAAGACAGGUGUCUCACUUCCUGAUGGGAAAGAGAGAGGGUGUUCUGUAGGCUCGAGAGUUUUGCGCAACAAAGCAGGGUCAACUGGGACAAGGCACCAGUCGUUGACAAUUGCAAUGCGGCAUGUAAGUGGCAAGGACCCACUUGUUGGGUCUAGCGAACCCCAUUCACAAAGGUUACCUGCUGGGGUUGAUGAAGUCACAAGGGAAGGGGAAACACUGUCCGUGGGUGUUGUUCUUGAGGCUCUUCCUUCAGCUGAUCGAACACCCCUGCACAAUAGGACUGACACAUGCUUCAUUGGCAGUGAAGGCGCUCAGGUCACAUCAGCACAUUUGAAGAUGAAACUAUCAGGCAAACCUGCAAGCAAUCAUUAUGACGAGGGGAUGAUGGACAAAUUGGGCCUAUUGCGAAGUAAUGGGAUGGUCUAUGCGAAUCCAACAACUCCAGAUAGGCUAGACCAUGGUCGCUCAGCAGAGCCCCGGCAUCAUCCACAUAUCGAAGCUGCGGCACCUCUUGUCGAGAGAUUGUAUCGCAGUAGUAAUCCAGCAGUUCCUGGUACAGUUUUUGAAGCCCUUGAUGACCCCAAUGUUUCCGAGGAGAGACGAAACCUGAGGGAGUUUUCUCGCGGAAGCUGUGGUCCUGCAUUUUCUUGUGGAAUUCAUGGAAGUGCUCCCCCACGUUUGGCAGAUGUGGUAUCUAGCACAGGGAAUCUUAACUGUGCUGUGCCAGAGCACCUAGCAAGGGCUGGACGGCUGGACGACUCCAAGUUUGACUUUCGUAAGCGGGCAGGUGGAACGGACUUGCACUGCGCAGCAGCUGCUAGACGUGAUUGGAAUGAAAGGCAAGGGCUGGAGCGGGAAAGGGAUGCAGCUCCCGAUGAACUUGCAGAUUGUCCAAUCAGAAAAGGACAGACAAUGGGGCUGCGUAAUCCUGUGUGUUCUGGAAAUAAGGGUGGUCGUAAAGAUCAAAACCAUUUAGGAAAAGGAGAAACAGGUUCUGAGAGAGGCGUUGUGGAUGAUGAAGAGGAUCAGAGCAAAGGGACAACAUUGAAGCACAAGCAGUCCACCGAUCUCAGGAAAAGCGUUCCCUUGAGUUUCGACUUUGACACAAGCGACUGUCAAUUGAUUGGUGAAAGUCUUGUCCUCGGUGAAAGAAUUGGCCAAGGAUCCUUUGGAGCUGUGUAUAGGGGCACUUUGCAUGGCACUGAUGUGGCUGUCAAAGUAUUUCAUGAUCAAGACCUGAGCUCCGAUAUGGCUGAGUUCAAGAAGGAGAUCUCAAUAAUACGGCGGCUGCGACAUCCAAAUGUAGUGCUCUUUAUGGGUGCUGUUAUCACACCACCAAGGAUGUUCCUUGUGAUGGAGUUCUGUGCCAGAGGAAGCUUGUAUCGAAUUCUGCAUAGGUCACGGAAAGAGUUGGAUUGUCGGCGGCGCCUGCGCAUGGCCAUUGAUGUGGCAAAGGGAAUGAACUACCUUCACAAGCGCUCGCCGCCAGUUGUCCAUCGCGAUUUAAAAUCGCCAAACAUACUUGUUGACAAACAUUGGUCUGUUAAGGUUUGCGAUUUUGGGCUGUCCAAACUGAAGCCAGGGACAUUUCUUUCCUCAAGCUCUUGUGCCGGCACACCAGAAUGGAUGGCACCAGAGGUCUUACGGAAUGAGCCAUCGAACGAGAAAGCGGAUGUCUACAGCUUCGGUGUUGUCCUAUGGGAGCUUGUUACCCUGAAGCAGCCAUGGGAUGGUAUGAAUCCCAUGCAGGUGGUCGGAGCAGUUGGGUUUCAGAAUCGGUGCUUGACGAUUCCUGACAAUGUGGACCCCUCAGUGGCAUCCAUCAUCCAGGACUGCUUUUCACAUGAUCCCAAAGACAGGCCAUCGUUUAGUGAGUUGCUUGAUCUCCUCAAGCCACUCCAGAGACUUACCAUCGCAUCUUCGGGCAGUGCUCCGGCGGAGUCAGCUGUUCCGUCACAGCAGCAGCCUGUUGAGCAAGAAGCAUAAUGUCAAACCGAUUGCGCUGCUAUGUACUAUAUGAAGAACAUCAAGAAGGUUCAUACUUCUUGCUUUAAUCCCAGACUGUGUGGAGCUGGAGCUGGGCAUUUAGGCUCGUCGUCCUCUGGAUCUGGGCAAAAGAGUAGCUGAGUGGACAUCCAGCUGACCCACAAGAAGAUUCACUCAGUUUUACACAUGGCGUGAGAAUACAUCUCCAGCGUGUAAUCUGUUAUAGUACCAAAUGCCCAUCACAUUGUGUUAAUUCAUUUGAUUGAUCGAUAUGUUCGUUUCCCAGUGUGAGUUGCUCGACGACGCACCGUAACAGAGGUCAUCAUCAAUUCUGCAGGAAGGUGUACGAUGGGCCUAGCUGGCAGAGUGUGAUGACAUGGAGGGCCAACUGCGACAGUGUAAGAGAGAUCGAGAAAUGUCCGUGCAUUCCUAUUGUCAUGUUGGCAUGACGCUUCCCAAGACACACAUUUUCGGCAGCUGUGAAUUGUAUAUAUAUAUAUAUAACUAAACUAGAAGACUUUGAACUCAAUUCCGUUUGGCGAGCGGACUCAGACAACAUGGAAGAUAGCUCCAAGUAGUAUUACCGUAAUUGGACAGUUAUAGAGUUGCGAAGCAGAACAGCUCUCAUGGAGCACAUAUACUAUACAGGCUGACUUGCAUAGAGAAGAUGGCUCAAGGAGCUCAAGGAGUGUAACUGGUCUACUAGAGUAAUGAACAGAGAUUGGAUGGAAAAAUCCUCGACAAAGGACUCGCUGUAGCAGGGGUACAAGACCACUGGCCACGCUUCUGAACUUUGGCAAAUUUGAGACCAUUUCAUCGGUUGCCGCUAAAUGAAUUUGCUCACUUCAUCUCUCUACAGAUGGGCCGCUACAUGAAUUUGCUCACUUAUCUCUCUACAGAUGGCCCAAGGAGCUCAAGGAGUGUACUAGUUGGACUAUCGUCUUCCCCGGGAUAGAACAAUGCCUGUAUUUGGGGAAACUUCCAGUCUACUAGUAGAUACAGCGUACAUUCUAUUUGGGGAAGACGAUAGUAGAGUUAUAAACAGAAGUGGAUGGGAACAAUCCUCGACAAGAGACUAGUUGUCGCAGGGGUAAAACAACGAAUUGCCGCGCUUCUCAACUUCGGCACUUUUGAGAGCAUUUCAUUGCAAUGGUUGUUUGGUACAUGAAUUGGACCACUUCUUACCUCUACAGAUGAUGCCUCAAGGAGCUAAAGGAGUGUUAUUCAACUAGUAUCGCAGUGUAAGUGUAAUGAACCGAAGUGGAUUGCACAGUCGUCGACAAGAGACAAGUUGUCGCAGUGGUAUAAGACCCCAAUGGCUGCACGUCUCGACUUCGGGACAUUUUCUCAACCAGUUCAGAAAUUGAACCUUGAGGGGGAAAAGGUGAUGGAAAGGAAGGCAAAGGAAAAAGCUGCAGUGGACUAGAUGAGAGGAGGAGGAGGGAGGCAGGGACAAGGAUGAAAUUGUGAACAAUGCAGACAGGAAAUGGGUGGAAACUGAGAAUUGCCAAGAAGGGUUUCACUGUUGAAGGACUAAUGAAAGAUUGGAAGGAGGGACAAAUGUAGAAUUGGAGAACGAGUGGCGAGGANGUAGCCAAGGGGAGUUUGAAGGAUCUAGCAAGAAACAGUGAGAAAUAUGUGAAGAAGGAUAAGGGAAAAUUGAAGGCAGAUUCAAAGUUGUAGCGGAGCAGUGGAUGAGCUGGGGGAAGGCGGGCUGAAAGGAAGGAUCGAGAGGGGGGACUCAGUAGCCAAGGGGAGUUUGAAGGAUCUAGCAAGAAACAGUGAGAAAUAUGUGAAGAAGGAUAAGGGAAAAUUGAAGGCAGAUUCAAAGUUGUAGCGNGUAGCCAAGGGGAGUUUGAAGGAUCUAGCAAGAAACAGUGAGAAAUAUGUGAAGAAGGAUAAGGGAAAAUUGAAGGCAGAUUCAAAGUUGUAGCGACAAAGAGUGAGAAAGAUGUGAAAAGGAAGUAGUGAAAGAGCUGGGAAGAGGUGCCGGCAGGUUUUCCUUUCCUGGUAAGUCACCCCUUCGGUGAAGAACCAGGAAAAAUGGAGAAAGUGCAAGGAUGACCAAGAGGGUUGUUGCAGAAUGGGCCAGGAGGAUUGGAGGAGGACUAUUGGCGAUAGCAAGGAAGUCGUUAACGAUACAGACACUGGGUUAGUGGAUAAGAAGAGUGAGGAAGAGAGGGUAUGAUGAGGACGAGCAGAGAAGAGUCUGAGGCAAGGGAAAACACGCAGGCAUCCAGUACGAACUUCGAGGGAAGUGAUCAGCCACUCUGACAGUGUAUGGACUAAGGAUGAAGUAACUGCAGCAAAGUAACAAUUGUUGUUCUCUGUGGAAAAGAGCAGAUUCAGUCCUCAGGAAUGCUUAUUGUGGGUGGCAUGGCGUUCUCGCCAUUCUUUCUUGCAGAGGUCCACAGCGGAAGACAACGCCUCUACUAGUACAUGGGGUCCGAUCUCCGCAUUCUUUCAGGUCAAGGACACGGGUUCAAAGCCCUGUGCAUCUACUAGUAUGUCCAUGCGGUGGGUAUAGUGCCUUUCUCGAUUCUCAUUGUGAGGAGGUUACACACGUGUAUGGGGUUUGAUGGGACACGCCAGCACGUUUACUACUAUACUAUAUUUUAGUCAGUGGCACACGUUUCUCCACAUUUUUGGCAAAGCUGAACGAGUAUCUUGAUUUGAACCCAUGUUUUUGACUUGAUAGACAGUGCAUUAAUUGUGCUCCUCAUGAAUGCUUGUGGUAUGCGGCAUACCUUUCUCCUCAUUCUUUCAAGCUAUGUUCUUAUAACAUGGCGUUUGACGGACGAUUGCUUGUUUACUACUCAUCUAUGCUUGUGGUUGGUGGAACGCCUUUUCCACACUCGCUGUGACAAACGAUUUUUCCGCACUCAUUGUGACGAAACGGCUUUUCCGUACUCAUUCUGACCAUGUUACAGAGAUGGAUGUAUUGUAAUCAAUGGAAGAUUAACUCAUUUGCUUCUGCUCAUACAUGCUUCUGGUAGGUGGCACACAUUUCUCUGCACUCUGUGGCAGAGUUGCAUGGGUGUAUGGAGUUCGACGGGAGAUAGCUCAUUUACUAUUACUCCAAUGUUCUCACAAAUACUUACGUGACCGUCUUCUGUUCCUUUUUUUCAUGACCUUCCCACACGGUGCGAGAUUUUCUUUUUCUUUCGUGAAAUUGGUGUUUGUCUCCAUGAUUUUUUGGAUGUAGCGGCUGUACGUUUCCCAAAAGCAUUCAUGUAACGAUGCCAGACGUCAGCGUCGAGAGCUUUGCAGAUUAGUAUCAUGGUAACUUGUCAAUGAUCAAGCUUGCCAUCCCUCAUCGAAAUUGCACAAGGACAUCCCUCGUGUCCUUCUUUCUCUCUCCCUUUUCCGGUAGUUGGAGUUACGACAAUCUAGUCAUGGUGUGAAGAUCCCCAGGCCCGUGUGCACAGGAUUGCUGGGCAGCCGAAUGAUGGCUUGUAAGGCACUUUUCUCCCCACAUUCAAGCUCUGGCAGCUCACAAAUUCUACUUGCAGUCCGUAUGUAAAAACAUGAUGGAUUUUCUUUGCCUCCUUUGCAACAUCUGUGGAAUGCUUUUCUUACUGUGGUAUCGACGGUGCAAUCAGUGUUGUCGUAAUGCCGGGAGAGAGAGAGGCAGAGAGAGAGAGAGAGAGAGAGAGAGAGAGAGAGAGAGAGAGAGAGAGAGAGAGAGAUUCCAGAAGGCUUAGCGUGAGGAUGAAUUUCUUUGCAUCCUUUUCCAUGUCUCAGGAUUGCAGAUUAUAUGGACUACAGGGUUUCGUACUAAACUCGUGGCAGGUGACCUCGUGGGUUGCGGAAUUGUCUGCCAGGAGCCUGAAAAGUUCUGGCUUUGCUUCUGGCAGAAAUUCCCGUUUCUGCAUCUCUGGAUUGCAGAGCUUAAUAGUUAUCGGUACUGUGUUAAUGGCAGAUUAUCAACUUCCUUUUUGGCGGAGUGUCUCCUUUGCCAGGAGCUUGAAGGAGUGUUUUCAGUGUUUCAGUCAGUGUUUCAGUGUUUCAGUGUUUCAGUGUUUCAGUGUGUCACUGACUCAGUGGCAUUUGGAAGAUGUUAUAGUUGCCGUUCUGUUGGCAUUCGGAUCGGAACAUGCUCCUGUCGUUGUGUUCUGGUUGCACACCUACCGUCUUCACCCGAAUAAAACGCCCCGUAGUUA